AUGUGGCCUAUUUCUCAGCCCCUACCAGAGGUGAAGCAACUUGUAUACCGCUUCUUCGCUUUGGUGGACACCAAUUCGCAAGAGAUAGGGCAAGUCUUAGCCGAUGAGAUCUUUACCCAGGAUGGUGUGUUAAUAACGGCGAAUGCCAUGUUUCAAGGGGCCGCUGAGAUAUCGCAAUCCAGAGAGGGUGCGUGGACGACGGUGAAAACUCGACAGCAUACAAUCUUGAAAAGCUAUGUGAACGACGCAUAUGGCACGGAUAUCUUUUUAGUUGGUAAAUUGGACAUGGAGACAUUGGCUGGAACAAAGACAAACCUGGAGUUUGUAGCUCGGAUGGAGAUCGAAGAACGAGCGUUGGGGCCCAGAAUAUGCAAAUAUCAGGUUGUCAGUCCAGCUCCACAAGUCUCGUAG